UUUUUUUUUUUUUUUUUCAUGUUUAAACGUUAAUAAGGACUUCGGGGGUGAUUUUGUAAGCAGAAAAGUGGGUGAUUUAUCAAAUAGGAAUGUGAAAUGGACAUGUUUCAAGUAGGUCGUCUGGGCUUAGUGAACUGUGAUUGUUGCUUUUUGAACUUUGGGGGUGGGGGUGGGUGAUGUAGCAAUUGUUUUGCGUAGUUUGGCAUAUAUAUAUUAGAAUUUGUUUUUAAGUUUCACUUUUGGGAAACAGUUAAAACAACCCAGUGAUGGUAGAUGUGUAUGUAUUGGAAUUGAGUUCCUUUCGAUAUUAAAUCUUCCAAGAGCUGUAUUUUGUGCAGUUUUUUUUUUUCUUGGCAUUAAGGCUCUAGAAGUAAAAUACUUCAAAAUACGGUUACGGCUUUUUUUUCUUUUGGUAUCUAGGCUUUUUUUUUUUUUUUUUUUAAGUGUAGGAGUAUAGUACACUGUAAUCGUAUUUUAAACAAGGGAAUAAGCCUAUUAAACAGAAAAACAAAUUGUAAACCCAGUCACGUGGUGGUGGUGUGAUUCGGAUGAGGGUCCUGAGAACUGGAUCCGUAAUUUUCAUUGAAGACACAGUGCAAAAGGGACGGGAAAGUCCUGAGUGAGAAUUUCUGAUAAUUCAUGUAAAACUUUAUAAGAAUAUUGUUACCUACUUUUCUAGCUCUAAAAACAAAAACUUACUAUUGUUGAAGAUGUUCAGUGAUGCUUUGUCAAGAUUGCCAAGGAAAAGUUUACGAAAAUCUUACCUUGAAACAGUAGGUUUGAGUGGCCGUUUGAAAAGAUAGUCCAGACUGUCCUAUAAAGUUAUAUAUGCUAUAGCAAAUAGCUUUACUAAUUGGAUUGGACUACACACACACACACACCUUUUUUCUGUCCUCUUUUUCAGUUGUGCCGUUAUCUGGAAGUCCAGCUUACUGCCUUUUUAAAAUAAUGUUAUGUUUGAUUUCGUUGUAUUGGUAAACAACUGACUAAACUGCAGUAGAUAAAAACAUGGUUCAUAGUAAACUAACAUUUUAGAGACCUUACCUCCUUAAGCUGUUAGGGGUGUGUCUAGUUUUUUUGUUUUUUUAAAGAGCAAGCCCAUUGGGAAGGAAUGAUGUAAAUUUUCUGUUAAACUUAGAUCAUCAGCACUUUUUCCAAAAAAUAAAAUUCAUCCUCAUUUCUUGACCACUGGGCUGCCAUUUAGAAAGUUAUUUAUUGAUGCAUAAAAUCGUUUAUGCAUUACUUCAGAAGAUAGGCAGUGCCUCCGUGUUAAGAGGAUUCUCUGUUUCAUUUGUUCUCUAGUGGAUGUUUUUUCUUUAAUGACUUUGGUAUAUAAUUCACAUACCAUAAACUUCACCAAUUUUAAAUGUACAUUUUAGUGGAUUUUAGUACAUUGACAGCGCUGUGUGACCGUCACUACAAUUUAAUUGUAGAACAUUUUUGUCACUCCAAAAAGAUACCAAUACCCUUUACUGGUCAUUCCCGUUGCUGGCAUUCUCCCUCCCGUCAAGCCUCAGACAAUCAUGAAUACAAAUGGAGUUAUACAAUAUGUAGUCUUUUGUGACUGGCUUGUUUCACUUGGUGUAAUGUUUAAACAAUUAUAUUUAAAGUCUCAUAAAACUGACCAGAGCCAUCCUCAUAUUUUAACUGUGGUAUAUUUUAUUGGUACUAGCACCUAGAAUUCUUAAAGCAGAGUAGUGAUUAGCCAUGACAUUGUUGGAAAGAAAGGUUGAGGUGGAUUAUCCUGAAUAAUUAGUAAACUGUUUUAAGUAGUUUCUGACAGCUUUAUUAGAGCAGAUUGCUUCUUCCUGUGCCCUUAGAGUUUUUCUUGUUUUUGUUUUGUAGGUAGGAUUUUUAGUUUUGAAGGGGUAGGUAGAGUGAGGCUCUCUUUAUUGUAUGUGCUUUGCAUACAGGGUCGCCCUGUAAAAUAGAUUAAGUGUUCCGAAUUUGGUUGGGUUUUACGCAAUUAAAAACUGUGUUUAGUGUUUAUUAUAGAUAACAUUGAUAACACUUUUUUGUUUUCAUUGGGUCUUAUCAUUGGUACAGACAGAUCCAAAAAUCCAAUUGGCUUGCUAGUAUUUUUUUCUUGUGAAUUGCUAAGAUUUAUGAGUAAAUUAAUUUUUUUUCUUUCUUUUUUUUUUUUUUUUUUUUUUAAGCAUUUGCUCCUUAAAUGCAAACUACUAAAAUUCUUUCACAACAGAUUAAGGUUGAAUUUGCAGAGUUCUUAAAUUUUUCAUUAAGCAGUGAGGGUAGAUCUGUACCACUUUUUCCGUUCUGUGUAAAUCACCCUUUAUGGGAAACACUUAUUUUUUAGGUUGGUGCUAUUAAAAAAAAUAAAUAAAACGGUAGGCGUUUUCAAAACAUCUCUGAACUUUUUUUUUUUUCAAACUGGGUUGGGGCCUCCUCCUCUCAGAGCUACUCUUUAGUAUUAAACUUUUAAAAGCCUUCGCUGGCUUUGGGAAAUAAAAUUUUUAACAAUUCUCAGUUCUCUUCGAGGUUUGAAUUGUUUUCUGUCCUUUAAGGUUCACAUAUUUUGUGUAUGGUAUAUCUUGUUGGCUUUUACAGGGCCCCUUAAAAUCCAGUAACAGUUGCCAUCAGUAAAUGCUUAACAUGAGGCAGACCAAGCACUUGAAUAGUCCAGUGAGGUAUAGAUACCACUGCUAUAGUUUACAAUUGAAGAGGCUCAGAGGUUAAGUGGUUUAGGUAACCAGUAAAUGGCAGAAUAGGGAUUCAUACUAUUUAUUUGUGUGCAUAUUUUAAAUGCAUGAAUUCUAGGGAAAAAAACUUUACCCUUUGCAGAUGCCACCCCUAAGAGUUGCACCAACAAAUAGAUGACAUGAAAUUAAGCAUUAGUGAAUGCUGUUGAUACGAAAUAUGAUCUUCAAACAUAAAGGAAUCAAAUGAACAAACUGUUUUGUUUACAGGGGAGGAGGUGGUGAGGGAAAGGUUUGAAAUACUCAGGUGAGUAGGAUUCCUACAGCUGCAUAGUGAAAUUUGUAAGGUUCUGGUAAGUUUCUGCAGCUGAAGGACUUCUGCAUUCGCCUCUUUUGUAAAUACUAUCUAAUUUUAAACGGAAGGAUGGUUGCCUCUGGGGAAGGGAACUGGGAACUGAGGUCAUUUUGGAGGGGAAGGGGGGCUUCUAGAUGUACCUUUCAUGCUUUAUUUAAAAGUAUAUUACGUAUUUUUUAAAGUUUGUGUUUAAAUCUAUUUGAUUAAAAAGUUGAGUAAACUGGUUUCUAUACACUGUCCAGUGGCUUCAAAAACACAGGUACUGUUGGAAGGCAUUCACUUUUGAGCAGCCUUUGACCUCAGUUUUAAUCUAAUUAAUUCAGUCAUUUUAUAAGCUUACUCUUGGUGAGUUUAAACUAGAUUUGGCUAUAAUAGAGGUGAGAGUGUUGGCCCUUCAAAGACAGUUUGAUGUGUUCAAAAUUGUAGUGCAUUUAAAAGGGUUAGACUUAUGUGAUAUUUUUCCAACAUGAGUCAGUACUCAUUGCAUUUUUUACUUAGGCUCUUGAUGUUAGUGGAUACUGGUAUUAUAUGCAACUUCUGAAUAAGUUUUAAAGAAUUUGAAUAAUCAGGUGAAUAAAAACCUGAAAAGUGGUGAAUCAAAAGUUGAGAGAUAAGGAAAGGCUAGAGUUGGCAUUCAGGGGACGCAGUCAAAUAGUUUGAAGACUCUGGUAGUAGAAUUAUGCAAGUUUUCUUAAAAUUAGGCAAUAUAUAAUAUUGAUACUAAGAAAUUCAGUACUUUUCUGUAGGAGGGCUCAGAUCUCAUUGCCUUUUCCCUACCCCAAAAUAUGAAAGGUGGUCUACAGUUUUGUCAUGGCAUUGUCACGGGAGUUGGCCCCAUGUUACAUUUCCUCUUGUGGCACCUCUGAGAGGUGUUUCUUCAUUACCUCUUGACAAGAGUAUAUUUUGAUUGACUGCUCUAUGUGCUUGUUUAUUUUUUAUAGCAUUUAAAUCAAACGGUAUUGAGAUGGAUUGGGUUAUGAAACAUAAUGGUCCAAAUGACGCUAGUGAUGGGACAGUACGACUUCGUGGACUACCAUUUGGUUGCAGCAAAGAGGAAAUAGUUCAGUUCUUUCAAGGGUUGGAAAUCGUGCCAAAUGGGAUAACAUUGACGAUGGACUACCAGGGGAGAAGCACAGGGGAGGCCUUCGUGCAGUUUGCUUCAAAGGAGAUAGCAGAAAAUGCUCUGGGGAAACACAAGGAAAGAAUAGGGCACAGGUAUAUUGAGAUCUUCAGAAGUAGCAGGAGUGAAAUCAAAGGAUUUUAUGAUCCACCAAGAAGAUUGCUGGGACAGCGACCGGGACCAUAUGAUAGACCAAUAGGAGGAAGAGGGGGUUAUUAUGGAGCUGGGCGUGGAAGUAUGUAUGACAGAAUGCGACGAGGAGGUGAUGGAUAUGAUGGUGGUUAUGGAGGUUUUGAUGACUAUGGUGGCUAUAACAAUUACGGCUAUGGGAAUGAUGGCUUUGAUGACAGAAUGAGAGAUGGAAGAGGUAUGGGAGGACAUGGCUAUGGUGGAGCUGGUGAUGCAAGUUCAGGUUUUCAUGGUGGUCAUUUCGUACAUAUGAGAGGGUUGCCUUUUCGUGCAACUGAAAAUGACAUUGCUAAUUUCUUCUCACCACUAAAUCCAAUACGAGUUCAUAUUGAUAUUGGAGCUGAUGGCAGAGCCACAGGAGAAGCAGAUGUAGAGUUUGUGACACAUGAAGAUGCAGUAGCUGCCAUGUCUAAAGAUAAAAAUAACAUGCAACAUCGAUAUAUUGAACUCUUCUUGAAUUCUACUCCUGGAGGCGGCUCUGGCAUGGGAGGUUCUGGAAUGGGAGGCUACGGAAGAGAUGGAAUGGAUAAUCAGGGAGGCUAUGGAUCAGUUGGAAGAAUGGGAAUGGGAAACAAUUACAGUGGAGGAUAUGGUACUCCUGAUGGCUUGGGUGGUUAUGGCCGUGGUGGUGGAGGCAGUGGAGGCUACUAUGGGCAAGGUGGCAUGAGUGGAGGUGGAUGGCGUGGGAUGUACUGAAAGCAAAAACACCAACAUACAAGUCUUGACAACAGCAUCUGGUCUACUAGACUUUCUUACAGAUUUAAUUUCUUUUGUAUUUUAAGAACUUUAUAAUGACUGAAGGAAUGUGUUUUCAAAAUAUUAUUUGAUAAAGCAACAGAUUGUGAUGGGAAAAUCUGUUUUCUGUAGGUUUAUUUGUUGCAUACUUUGACUUAAAAAUAAAUUUUUAUAUUCAAACCACUGAUGUUGAUACUUUUUAUAUACUAGUUACUCCUAAAGAUGUGCUGCCUUCAUAAGAUUUGGGUUGAUGUAUUUUACUAUUAGUUCUACAAGACGUAGUGUGGUGUAAUUUUAGAGGAUAAUGGUUCACCUUUGCAUAAACUGCAAGUCUUAAGCAGACAUCUGGAAUAGAGCUUGACAAAUAAUUAGUGUAACUUUUUUCUUUAAUUCCUCCUGGACAACACUGUAAAUAUAAAGCCUAAAGAUGAAGUGGCUUCAGGAGUAUAAAUUCAGCUAAUUAUUUCUAUAUUAUUAUUUUUCAAAUGUCAUUUAUCAGGCAUAGCUCUGAAACGAUCUAAGAGGUAUUGAUUUCUGAAUAUGCAUAAUUGUGUUACCUGGGUAUGGGAGUGUUGGAAGUUUGUUCUAGCCCUAGAUUUUGGAGUAAAAUCCCUUCAGCACUUGACCGAAAUACCAAAAAUGUCCCCAAAAAAUUGAUAGUUGCAGGUUAUUGCAAGAUGUCUUAAGAGUAGGGUUAAGAUUCUCAGUGACACAAGAAUUCAGUAUAAGUACAUAGGUAUUUACUAUGGAGUAUAAUUCUCACAAAUGUAUUUUAAGUUUUCUGCCCAAUAGAGCAUAUGGUUUUUAAAUAACUGUAUAAAUGAUGACUUUUAAAAAAUGUAAGCAACAAGUCCAUGUCAUAGUCAAUUAAAACAAUCCUGCAGUUGGGUUUUGUAUCUGAUAUCUGCUUGGAGGUUUAAAGAAUCUAUAUGUAGCAAGGAAAAGGUGCUUUUUAAUUUUAAUCCCUUUGAUCAAUAUGGCUUUUUUCCAAAUUGGCUAAUGGAUCAAAAUGAAACCUGUUGAUGUGAAAUCAGUUAUUGAACUUGUUACUUGUUUUUGCCAGAAAUGUUAUUAAUAAAUGUCAAUGUGGG